AGACGGAGUAUCAAAAGACGAAAUGCGAGCGCCGUGGCAUCAAGACUUGGCACGGUUGUCGCGUUCCAGUAUCGCCGAAAAGUUUAUCGGACUCCAUUGACUCGUCGAGGUCUGGGUCGUCUAUGUUUACUACCGGCUUCUAUGCCCAGGUUUCUGGUUCUAUAAGGUCCACGGACUUAACGUGCAUUGAAUUCCUCUUUCACAAGGAGCUUCGUCUGCCAUCUAGGUGUGGUAGAUCACGGGUAAGAGUCAGGAACUCCAACCAACCCCCAUCACCAAAAUGCGGUUGCCUUUCUCCCACGCCGCCAUUCUCCUCCAAGUCUUCAAUAACACUGAACUCAAUGGUCCGGGCAACGCCGCCCCCGAAUCGCCGAUUCCCUUUGUCUCACAACGCCAGACACCACCAUCACCAGCUCCCGCAACAUCAGGUGUCAUCAACUUCACCCCGUGCCCCCCUUCCACGGGCCUAACCCCCAACAUCGGCCUUGAAUGUGCCAACUUCAGCGUCCCCGUCGAUUGGUCUGACUCAUCCAGCACACAAAUCAAGCUAGGCAUGGUCCGCCUGGCCGCCCAAUCCCCCACCCAACGCAUCGGCAACCUAUUCUUCAACCCAGGCGGGCCGGGCAUCUCCGCCGCGUCCAUUGUAAACGCCAUUGCAAACCGGCGGCAGAACUUCAGCGACGUAAUCCGGCAACGCUUCGACGUUAUUGGGCUGGAUCCCCGAGGCGUGGGGUUAAGCGCACCGGUGAGGUGCGAUUCGAAUGUGUCGAAUGCGAUUCCGCCAUUGUUGGAUCCGAACGAUGCGAACUCGUUACAAGCGCUGAUCCAGAUUAAUAGCAGGAUUGCUGCUAGUUGUCGGAAUUUGACCGGGCCUGUGUUCGACAAGGUUGAUACAAUUAGUGCGGCCCGGGACAUGGAAGCGGUGCGAGUCGGCAACGAACCUCUAAACUGGCUCGGCCAAUCCUAUGGCACUCAACUCGGUGCCCAGUACGCUUCCCUCUUCCCGGGCAACGUCCGCGCCAUGGUCCUGGACGGCGUCCUGCAGCACUCGGGCUCUACCCCCUCACAGCUCCUCAUAGAGCAAACAAGCGUAGAGUCCACCCUGAAGAAAUUCUUCGCCGCCUCCUCUCACGACCCCCAAAGCCCCCUCGCAGGGCAAGACCCCGCCACCGUCUGGGCCAAUGUGACCUCCGCCGCGGCAGCCGGGACUCUCAAAGCGCGGGGCUGCGACGGCACGCCCGCGACGGGCUGCUUGGCAAAUGUCCCCGUGGAGAACGUCGUCGGCGGGGGGCGGAACAUGUUGUUUUUCGAGUUUGCGUGGAAUAAGCAAUUGGGCAAGGCGUUGGCGCUCGCACAUAUGGGGGAUGGGAUUAUGUUUGCGACGGGGCUUAGCACGGGGACGGCGACGGAUAAUGAGGGUUUUGCCUUUAAUGCGAUUGCGUGCCAGGAUGGGAUUGAGACGGGACAGCAGACGUUGGCUGAGGUGCAGAAACGGGCGUUGGUUAGUAGGACGUUUGCGACUGUGCCGGGCAUGAAUGAGUUUUGGCGGACGAAGACGCUGUGUGAUGGGUGGACGCCUGCUGAAACGAAUCCCAAGAAGCAAUUGAAUGUGGUUGGUUUGGCGAAUCCGGUGCUGUUGGUGAAUAGCAUUAAUGACCCGGCGACAAGUGUUGUGUGGGCUCAGGGGAUGAACGACGAAAUCUCCGGGAGUGUGUUGACUUUCCGGAAUGGGAGUGGACAUACCAGUUAUUUCAUUGGAAACGAGUCCAAGAAGGCCAUGGAUGAUUACUUAGUUAGUCUGAAAGUUCCUGCUCCAGGGACUAUUUUUCAAUCGUAGACGUUAAACAAGCCGGUGCAUACCAAGAUGGGGAUUACACCCAGGUCUGACGGAUCCAUAUUUGGUGCAGCAUUCAGAUCCUAGACUCCCCCGGAUGAAAUCUAGUGACACCAUCCAAGCUGCCCGUACCAAAUUUGCACAAUGCAAGAAUUGGCAUGGAAAGUGCUCAGAUCCCCAUUUGGUUAAUCGGAACCGUAGCCACGGCAUUCAAAUUCUUGACCACGCCUACCUUUUCUUUGACUAUGCGUUCCAAGGCUCGCAUCUUUCUGGGCAGUAUAUCCGCAAACUUGUGGUUGAAGCCUAGGCCGUGUAAACCAAUGCGAGGUAUGUUCACCUCGAGUUUACGGCACAGUACAGCGCUUCUUCGUGUCGUCCCUAUUUCUCAAGGCACUCGGUCAAAUACAACACAGCCAAGACACGGCCUGGGUGCUCGUCAUCUUGCGCGGCUGCUUUGGCGUAUUUCGUUUCGUCCG